UUCGUGGCUUGAGCGAGGUGUGGACGAUGGACCCGACAUAUCUUAUCCGACCUUCCCCAGUCGCGCCGACUGCACAAACUUGGAAGUGCAAGCUUGGAAGGGCAAGCCCGAAGGAGCAAGCGUGUUCAACAGAGAUAUCACCACCAUGGCAGACUAUGCCUUGCCCUCGCCCGUCCUCCACGUCGUGUAUGGCGCGUACGGCGACGCCUUCCUGCUAGAGUACCAGCUCGGCCAGGUCCGAAAGCUCAUGCUGCUUGAUGGCGGGCCAACCUCUCGAGGGGUGACGGACCACCAGUGGGCGCCGUACUCUCGCAACUAUGUGGCCGUGGCCAAACUCCUCUGGAAGCAGUUCCAACACACGCGGGGGCAACCCGUCGAGGCCACGAUCAAGCCCAAUGCCAUCAUCAAUUCGCAUCCGGACCAUGACCACUACGAGGGGCUCAUGUACCUCCUCAACAGGCUGUGGCCGGUGCCGCCCUCGGGCCCUGGAGGAGUGCCGCCGCCCAUCGAGCUCGACUUCACCGGCCCGUUCCUGUUGCCGGUCCCCACGAACCCCAACGGCACAGAGUUCAAGAAGUGGGAGCACUCGAAGAAGGCCAUCGAGGGCCCGCUCACCAAGCGCCAGUUCAAGCGCACGCUCUUGGCGGGGCCGCUGGACGACAAUAGCCCCCUGGCGGGGCUGCACAUCUUCUAUCCCGCAGCAACAAACACAGAGGGCGCCUUCACCCACGUUUCGUCCUGGAACCGGCCCGCGGGCUCUCCCUUGAUCGCGGGUGGCAACAACGCCAGCACCGGCUCUCAGCCUAUUGAGCCGGAGGACGGGAAUGAGGGGGGCGACGAUGACGACGACGGGGCGCUUGUGGAGGAGAAGGAGGAAGACGACGACGAGAUCUACUCGUAUACGCUCGGCAACGCGCUGGGCCACACGCGCAAGCUGCCCAAGAUACGCAUCAAGAAGCCCGUCAACGCCGACAUCGACCAGUCCAAGACGAACCUGAGCAGCAUCCUGCUUUGCACCGUGCAGGAUACGGGCGGCCAGAUCAUGAUGACGGGAGAUAGCGUAGGCUGGCGCGUCAAUGGGGAGACUUUCGCGAACGUCCACGGGCGGCCGCACGUGAAUAUCUACAAGGUGCAGCAUCACGGCAGCGUCAAGAAUAACCAGCUCCUGGACCAGGAGCCAAGCAUAGGGAAGGAAAUCGCCGCCGAGGUGGCGCUGCGCGAGCUCCUCGAGCUGGGCAUUGGCGCCACGCUAGACGGCCUGGAAGCGGACUGGAAGGCCGAGACGCUCCUCGACUAUUACUCCAUCGCGCUUGGGAGCGAAAUGUCAGAACUCGGAGUGCAGAGCAAUUGCCACCUCAUCGCGGGGGCCCUGUGGAACAAGUGGUACGACUACGAACAAGCUCGGCUUGCACAGGCACCACCCGGCACACAGGCCGAAAACCUUCUCGAGGAAGACGUUGUCUUGAUGUACCUCAAUUACCUCCGAGAGCGGCAUAACCUCUACCUCUUCGCAUUCAAGACGGCCGAAAUAGAUGGGGUCCGGCAGCUAAACUUCACCCGAGCCAACAUCCUCACCACCAAGAUUGUCCAAGCCGCAAUCAAUGGCAACCAACUUCACCCGCUGCCAUGGGCGCCGGAUCCGCAGCAGCUUUUCUCCGAGCUCAUCGAGUGGCGUAUCAACAUCGCCGAGUCUCUCGUGACCCUCAACCAGCUCGCAGAUCUGGAAACCCAGAGGCAAGCGAGAGACCAACUCGCGCUGGAUUACGCCAGGGAGCAGCUCAAAAGAAAGAGGGGGGAGAAGAAGGAGGCGCAAGAGUUGUUCGACGCCCAGCUGAAGCAAAUGAGAGAGGACGCCAAGUUCGUGCUAGACGACUUCUACGAGGUGUUCCUGGAGGAGAACGUCGCGCUCUCGCGGAAGGAUACGUCGGCGGCGCGCAAGUCGCGGCACAAGAACGACGACCCUCCUCCCGCAAUCGUGAAGACGAAAGACCACUACCCGUGGAAGCUCCGGCCGCGGUACUGGUGGGGGCGGUGGGACGGCGCCGAGGUCGCCUACAAGAAGGAUUGGCUGGCCUUCUACAACUCUCUGGCGGCGGUGCCUAGAGUCAUGGACUUUUAUCGGACGUUCACGGCCGAUGCCUACGUGAUAAGCGCGAAUGGGACCCACGGCCACCCGGACACGGCCACCAUCCUCGGCAUUGCCUACGUGGCCAUUGAGGACGAGGUGCUGCGGCAGAAGACGAGCCCUGACGGCCCGCCGAUCCGGCGGAGUCUCUACGUCACGAAUGGCCACGCCCUUCCGUUGGAACCGAUGGCGGCGCUCGCUCGUCGAUUCCCCGAGUAUCCCAUAGACCAGGUGAUCGGACUGCAGCAGGGCUGUUUCGCCAUCCGAUACCUUGCUAUCGGUGCCUUUAUGUCCAUCAGCGGUUUCGACGUACCCAAGGACCAGGAAGCCACUUAUCAACGCGAGUUCACCAACUCCUCAAGCUUUUGGGAUCUUGAUACCGCCAACGACAUCGAGAAAGCAUACGCGGACAUCGAACACGACCAACCGAUCCUUCCUAGGGACACACAGGAAAAAGUGCAUUGCGUCUUCGGAACCCAUCCUGAGCCAUCAAAGAACCCCAAUCCCACUUUCUACCUCGCGAAUCCCCCAGAGAACCCUCUGACCAACGUCGAGCCUGGCGCGGAUGACAAAAACGUCUUCAAGAUAUUCGAUGUCUGGCAACCGAUCGACGAUAUGCGAUAUCUAAACAUGUGGACCCUAGACGAUGCUUUGUACUGGAGAGUGCACUACGAGAUCCAAAAAUAUGGAGGCUACAGUCUCUACUUUACCCUCAGCGGCCUCGACUUUGGACCUCGGUUUACCUGGUACAAGGAUUUCCGUGACAGCAAUAAUCCAACGCUUACUUGGCUCUCGAUGGACGAAGCGAGAGAGCUCAACAAGGGAACCAACUGGAGCAUAGUCCAGCCCGUUGCAUUUUAUGUCAUCCGAGCCAAGUCGCACCCGAUGGCACUCAUGGCAUCUCAGCCUAUGUAUCAACUCACUGCAAGUCCGUCUUACGCUUUGGCAAUCCCCAACCAGACCACGGUCUCAGCUGAUGUGGGCGACUGGGCAGCGGCUGUGGAAGACGACGACACAGCGAUUGUGGAAGACGAGGCAGGAGUGGUCGCCUUCGAUCUUGACGCCACGCCGACUGUUAUCACGCCCGAUAGCAGCCGUGAGGCCGCUCUGUCGCCAACGGUCACGGCUAUGUCGCAGACGGGAAAUGGCACUCUGACUCCCCUAAAACCAGUCAGCGUUUCCCGCCUAGUCCCGGAUUCAGCUCAGGACUCGAAACUGGCCCAAGGUAAACCGGCAGGCCUCGAUCAAUUCCUCAAAGACUCCCAAGUGUCGACAGAGCCAGAUGGAAAGCCGUUGACGAUGGGAAAGGUCAUGGAAACGAUCCUAGGGGCGAGUAACUACUCAAAAUUACCAACCAAACGCACCCUGGAGAAGACCAUCCUCGGAUACCCGGUCGAUGUGGGGGCAUCGAUAGUCACUUAUGAGAAGAAGGCAUUCAACAAUAUCGUGACCGCCGCCAGCCUCCGCUUUGCCUUUGAAGGUCGGAAGCUUGUAAUUGACGGAGAACCCCUGAGCCUCAGCGGCGGAUUUCUGGAUAUCAAGUGGCCCGCAGGGGAAGCCAUCGAGCUGGAGUUUCGCCCCCUUUUCGACGACAAGUCGGUGUCUUUGAGCGUCUCUCGCAGGUUGGAAUCCGCCAACGUCAUCCGCGCGACAACCUUGCUCCAGCUGCUCUCCCACAUUUUCACCGAAGCGGGGCAGGAGCUCAACUUCAAGUCGUUGGCCUUGCCAAGGCUACUGGCCUAUCUGACCGGCCGCACACGAAAGGCAACCGCUGCUCACCUUCUCAAUUCGGUGCCGGCAUUGCUCAUCCAAGCUGGCAUGCUCAGUACGCCCAUUGACUUGGAGAACUCGACGGUAAUCGCACAUCCAGGCCCCGCAUCCGGACUCAUUGUCGAACGGGCAGACGUGACCUGGCAGAUCUCCAAGCUGCUUCGGCAAGCCAACGAGCAUGUUGCGGGGCUUGACAUGCAAUUCGGGGAGCUGAAGGUUGUUCUGGAAAACGCCGGACUUCCGAUAGAGACCUUGACUCUCGUUGGAUCCGUCACCGUUGCCUCGCUCAUUCUAUCGUUUUCCGUUGCCAUGUCUAACCCUGGUUCUCCGGGGACUGCGGUGGACAGUCCAGCGGUGCUCUGGACCUUCCAGGCGACGUCAACCACGGAGCUCAGUAAGCUGACGGCUCUGUGGCCGAACGACCAGGCCAAGCUCAAGCCUGAUCAGUCCAUACCAUUUUCCAAGUCGCCCCUCUCCGGCCUGCAGCACAGCGGUAUCGGAUUUGUCGUAUCCCAACCGGUUGCUCAGAUCGCCAAGUACGAGCUCUGGAGCCUCUUUGGCGCGACAACCUUUGACGACUGGAAGGCAUUCCUGCCGCCCGACUUCCUGCCGACGGGCGUCGGCGGCACGGGGCGACUGGAGAUCCGUAACCCGCUGGACAAGGACCGCCGGACGUAUGGCGUCGCCGUGGACUUCCACGCGCCAAUCCAGACUGCCAAAGAGGUGGUCACGCUAAAUGCCUCGCUAACAGCCGAGCCGCUUCCGGGUUUGGCAGGCUACGAAUACCGGGUGUAUGUCUCGGGUGACGGGGCCGGCAUCACGCUCAUGGAGCUGGCAAGCGCAGCGGGCAUCGGAGCGCAGGCCAAGUCGCUGGCAGCCGACGUCCCGAUCGUCGAAGACGUGCUGGAGAAGUUCCGGAUCCAGAAACUGGCCGUUGCGCUCGAGCGCGCCGAUAAUCAGAGCACCGUCCGCGAAUUCGGGCUCAAGGUCACGGUUGAGAAGCUUACCAUCGGCCAGUCGCUGUCCAUCGACUUUGCCGAGCUUGAUCUUGAUUACAGCUUUGGGGUGUGGCAAGGUCGAGCUGCUGGGAGGCUGACCGUUGUGAAAAAGGCACUGGCUGCCGAGAUUAUCCUCCCGACGGCGUACAGCUUGGGCUCCAUUAAGGUAGCUGCCCCUGACGGUCUUUCUAUUAGCGACCUCAUGGAGGCCUUGGGGCUGCCUUCUCUUCAGGAUGUUCCUGUGAUUGGCGACCUGCUCAAGGUUGAGCUGGUUUCCAUGUCCCUUGUGCUCGAAAAAGAGGGAAAGAAAUCCAAGAUCACCGGGUCGAGAUUCCAGCUCCAUCAUUCCAAGAUUACCGUCGGGUCAAUCGAGCUGGUCGACAUCGACGCGAUAAUCGAGACCGACACAGUCAAGAAGAAAGGAAAGGACCCGGCCACGAUGAUUACCGUCUCCAUCAGCGCACACGUGCCCUCGCGAUCCUUUGCCGCGACGCUCACCUACAACUCGCUCACGAAGAGACUCAGCGCAGCGUUCCAAGCAACCAGGGCCAUCGUUAUCGCCGACGCCAUUGCCCAGCUGAUCGGCGCUGACGAGAAGAACAAUGUCUUCGACGACCUUAUCGGCAAGCUCGGCGUGGAAUCUGCGGGCGUCGAGUUUGAUGUCGCGAAUAACUUCCGUCCCAGCAUGGUCAGCAUCCAUCUUGUCAACACUGCAACGGCGUCCAUGGGCAGCGCGUCGUUGCAGAGCCUGCGUCUCGACUACAUUGCGGGGACGCCGGCGGUAGAGGGGAAGCCGGGCCGGCCUUCUUUCUUCAACCUCGUCGGCGUGGUAAAGGGCAAGGACGCAAACGCUCGUUUGCGUCUGACCGGUGCAUGGGGAGAUCCCAAGGUUGCCUCUGUCAUCGAGCUUGCUCUAGAGCCCGAGAGCGCGCAAAGUCUCAAGUUGAGCGGCCUCAUGUCUCUGCUUCUCGACGGGACACAGCUUGCCAUUAAACAGCCGCCGGGCCUGGAAGAUCCCAGUUUCCCAGACCUAAUCAUCAGCGAGGUCUCCGGUAGCGUUGCCUGGGUCCCGUCGGAUGACGGCAAGACAAAGAAGGCCCAACUGCAGACCUUGGAUGUGGUCGUGGAGUCGGACAAGGCCUGGCCCAAGGAGGGGAUCAGGCUGGAGAAGUUCUCAGUGGCUGUACAUUUCACGCACGGAUCUGCUCUGACUGCCGACGUGUGGGCGUUUUUGAAAGUCGACGACCAGAUUCUUGUUGCCGUACGGUACUAUAGUGAGAACGACCAGACGGUCUUCCGUGGCACCCUUGGCGACAUUGAUACGAAGAACGAGAAGAAGACGCCCGACUACCGCGCGCUCGCUGACAAGUAUCUUGGAAAAAAUAACUACGACAUCCCGAAAAAGACAGAGGUACCCGAAAGGUUGCCCAUGGCAUUCCUGGACGUCACCUACGAGCCGGGGAAGAAGUUUGAGCUCCGGGCCAAGAACGACGGACUGGCGUGGCCUAUCAAAGGCUUCGGCACCUUGGAUAUCAAGGUGACUGGGCUCGGCGGACGGCUGACGGCCAAUUUAUCGGAGCAGAAGAGCUACGACGCUGUACUCUACGGCCGCUUGAGCUUCGACGCCUUCACUUCGGCGACGGCCGUGCUGCAGCUUGCCAAAGGCAAGAAACCGGUCCUGACGGCCAUGCUGCAGAAACAGGCUGGAGCCGUCAACGAAAUCCGCGACCUAGUCGGCGGCCUUUCGGGGGACGCCGACUCGUGGAAGAACUUACAACCGGCAGGAACCCAGGCUAUUGUCCUAGCCGAGACGGCGAUUGCCCUUGUCCUAGACUUCGAGGCCUCGGUCUUCCUCCUCGCCGGAAGGGUCAAGGAUGUGGGUAGCGCUCUGCUGCUGGCCAAGAAGACGCAGGACAAGUACGAUUACCUAAUCUAUCUCAAGCUGAAUAACAUUGCAGCGCUGUGGCCGGAUCUUCAGAAGGCCGUGGGUGACUGGUUCACAUUCGAGAUAAUCACCGUUCAGAUAUCAACCAAAGAGCGCAAGAUUAGUGAGCUGCAGCAAGACAUGGCAGCUUACGGCAAGGCAUUGACCGAUGGAGUCAACGCGAGCAAGAAGGAGGACCCAGACAAGGCACAAGCAGCAGACGAAGCCAAGUCCCGUGCGGAGGACGAAGAAGCCAAGAAGACACAAACGGAGCUGUCUGGCGCCCUGAGCCUAAUCCCCGCCGACCAAAAAAUACCCAAGGGCGCAUGCAUCCAUGCCACAAUUGGCCUUGGUCCUGCCACGGUCGGCGGCACCACGCCACCGAUCAGUGGGAUGUUAGCCCUGAGCACGGAGAAGGAAUCCCCCCAAAAACCAAAGAUCUAUCUAGAUGCGUACAUUGGCGAGGGAAGGUUCUUAGUUGCCAUCGUAGAACUCCCUCUGUUUGGGGGAGCUAUGCUGGUAAGGAGGGCAGCCGGCGAGUGGGAUGCUGGCAAGAAGCAGCUCACCAUGGAAGCCUCGCUUGAGCUGAAGAUUGAAGGAAAUGCAAAGGAGUUUGCUUUCCAUGUCUCUUUCAACACCAGCGAGAGCUCGACCUCCUUCAAAUUCGUUCAAGGCGAACCUCUUGCCGCGCCAACCGGAGGAGAAAAUGCGACUCCGGCACCUACGAGUGGUGACGGUGCUGCACCAGCCAGUGAUGGCAGCGCCGUCGCACCAACUCAGCCCGCGCAGCCAGUGGUGAUCCGCGAUGCUUUUGGCGGCUUGUUCGACCUGAGCCUGGCAGUAUCAAAGUUCUCAGGGACGAUCACAAAACCCGCGAAGCAGGGUGAGAGCAGCAGCCCGCCCGCCGGCAAACCGUCACUCGAGUUUGAGCUGUCGGGGCAAGUCAAGAUCGGUAGUUUGACGCUCGAUGCCAACAUCUACUUUGUCAACGGUGUCCCCAAGCUCGUCAAGAUAUCUUCGGCCACGACGCUCGUGCUACCGAUUGGCUCCAUCUUCGAGGACAUAAUCAACAACGGGACCACGCCGGACGCCUCUUGGCCCGCCGACUUUGGCGACCUACAGCUGAAAGCCGCGACCAUACGCUACUCCAAAUACGACAGAGAAUACACUGCCGAAGACGGCACAGUCUUCAAGCCGAACCUCAACAUAUCCGCCGAUAUUGAAAUCUUUGGCCUUGCGCUGGGAGUGAACGUAUACUUGCCACCUGACCGCAGCGGCGUGCGUAUUGACGGCACCUUUCCCAACGCCAUCGAUUGGGGAUUCCUCAAGUUCUUCGAAAGCAAGGCCGCGAGCACUGCAGACACAUCUACCCACCAAAAGGGACCCGUCGUUUCCGUCUACUCGCAGAAGAGUAAGGAGAGCGCCGAUAAAAACGUCAAAACAUACCAGGUAUCUGCAGGGCUCACAGUCCUGGACAAGCCAAGUUUCAAGGUCGACCUCUCGUACAGCAACAAGGUCUUCACAGGAGAGGCGACAUACGACGGCACCAUCGAUGUCUUUGGUGCCAAGAUCACACCCAAAGUCACGAUCAAACAUGCUAAUGGCAAGUUCUCCAUUUCCGCCAUGGAUAUGUCCAAGACUCUCGACCUCGACAUCGAAAAGGCAAUCAAGGACGCGUCCAAGAUCUACAAGAAAGAGUGCAAGGAUCUGUUGAAGAUCAUCUUUGACCAGGCCCUGAAGACAGAAUGCAACUGGAGCGUCGGGCUUGACGGCGUGGAUAAGACGGCCGUUAAUGUCCUCAUCGGAGGCACAUUCAAGGUGGUUCUGAAAAUCCCCAUCAUCGACAGGAAGGUCAAAGAUAUGGCAAAGUUGACCAUCAACUUCAUCGCCCCGAUCCCAUUCAAGGACUUCUCGUUCGAGGCCCUGGUCAAGCUACUGGGGAAAGCGAUGCAAGACAAUCUGUCCAAAAUUGGACAGGCCAUCAUGGAGAACAAGGAAGAAGCGUUUACGUUGAUUGAGUGGAUGUCCGCCAAGGAAUGGGGUGCAGACCUGAUCGGCGCGCUGAUCUGCCGCAGGAUGGACCCGCCGAACGUCUGGAAGCGGUUCUGGGAGCUCACACCAAAGGAUCCGAAGGAUCCGGAUGAUAAGAAUCACCCCGGUGGCUUCUGGAAGUGGCUCCUCGGGGCCGCUGCUGCCAUAUUUGGCGUCGCCGUCUUCGGACUUGGAGGCAUGCUUGCAGCCUUCGAAACCCUCGUUGGAGGAGCAGUCGCCUUUGCAAGAACGGCGGCAGAAAUUCUACGAAUGCUGGAUAAGGCCAUUAAGGCGCUAGAGACGAAUCCAGAGAAGGGGGGCAGUGGGGGCACGCUCAAGGAUGCCAAGGAUUUCAGGGGGAGGAUGGAGAAGACGCUUGCUGAUGCCAAAGCGAAGUUGCUGGAAGUUCGACAGGGCAUCCGAGAGACGCUCAACCUCAGCAAACCCCCAGAAGCCACGCUGACCGGAAAGGGGUCCGCUUUGCGGAUCGACUGGAGCAAAGCCAUGCCGCAGAAGGGCGGGAAACCAUUCUCCCUCUCCGAUGUCCCGGCCGAGAACUUCAAGUGGGAGAUAUAUGUUAGCGGGACCAACAAGUCGCCGUCAGACGAUGUGGCCUCGCCGGAAACAGACGUCUACGAGACCAAGGGGACCAGCAUUCAGAUCCACAACGCGAAGAUCGCCUCCUUCAACCAGGUCUACGCGUGGGUCAGAGCCAAGUACACGGACGCUAAGCAUGGCAGUUUCGCCUCGGCGAAAUGGGCCUCGGCGGCCGUGCUCACGAACAUUCCGAGGCUGCCACAGCCGUCGUUGCAGAUCGCGUUGGAUUCAACCUGUAUGAAUUACGGGGUUACCAUCGCGAAGGCUGUGCCGGGUUCGUACGUAAUCGCACUGAUUCUGGUCGCCAGUGGCAAGGCCGGCAGCGCAGAGUCGAAUCAAGUAGCCUUGCGAGUGAUCGACUGGCAGACGAAUGGGCAAGAUCUUAAUGUCCAGAUCCCCCUCGCGGAUCUGCGCUGGCAUCGGGCCCUGGCCAACGGCGUCAAGCGGCAGUUGCAGCUGCAAGCACGUGUCCACAUGAAGAGCUCCAACGCGUCCGUCAACACCGACUCAUCGUUUACAUGGUCCAAUCUUCUCCCUGUGCUCCAGGCGCCGAGCCAACUCACGGCAUCAUAUGCGACUGGACAGCUAAACGCGACAUGGCAAGAGGAGGAGCCAGCCAAGGGCUACGAGAUGGUCGUCAAGCAAGCUGGAAAGACGCUCUACUCUGCCCCGGCACCGAAGCCUCCCGUCUCGAUCGCCACCAAGGACCUUCAGCUCAGCGGUGGUAGGGCAAAUGUUGACGUCUUCGUCCGCAUUCAGCCACCACCCAAGGGCGGUGUCGUCACCCUGUUUGCCUCGGACAGCGUCCAGGUUGCGGACCUGCCCGUGCCGACCGUCACCGCUGACAGCUUCUUCGACGUACCAACACAAACAUUCUACAUCUCCAUGUCGCUGUCGGCUUCGUUAGCCACGGCCGAUCUUUCCUCGUUUCUCGUGUACCCGAUCAGCGCCUCCCCAUCCGACGACGAAGACAUGGCAGGCUCUUCUUCGCCGCCCAUCUACAUCUACGACUUCUACGACACGCAAGACGACAACAAGGACACGGUCCUGCUCAAGUUACCCAAGUCCGCCAUUUCCAGCCUUCCCGCGCUGCCCCAGUCCCUCCAGAUCAGCGCGGUAGACGCCGAUGAGAGGCAGGGCUCGCCAAGCGCGGCCUGGACGCUGCCCACGCCUUUACCGGACCCGUCGUCCGUCAGCGCGGUGGCGGCGACCGCGGAGUUUGACAAGGUCAACAAGACCAUGCUCGUGUCGUGGAAGAGCAUCCCCGCGGGGGUUACGCGGGUUGCCGUCGUCGUCACGGAGCGCGACACUGAUGCCCAGAUUCGCCGCGACGUCGUGAGCCCGGCCAUGGGGAUCACUAUCACGGCGGCUGACUUUGCGUUGGCGACUGGACAGAAACUCGGCGUUGCGUGCACGUCUUGGAUGGGGAAGAUGGUGCGUGGAGGGAUGGCGAGGUUUCCUGAGAUCGAGGUGCCAUCUUUGGAGGCGGAGUAGCAAGGGCGAGGUCAGCACGCCUCUGUGGGACCCGAGGAAGCUCCGAGCACAAAUCCCAUGGGCUAGGGUUGUAGAUAUUCAUAAAUCUUGGGCAUCACGAAUUAGUUUUGAAAGUGCCCGUGUACAUGUUUGUUUUAUAAAUG